CAGGUUUUAGGUACCAUGGUAGUACUUAACAACUGCUAAUAUGAAUGCAUAAUUACAUUUGGAAUAUUAAAUAAUAUCGGCCGCACAGUGGUCUAAUGGUUAGCACGUUGGCCAACACAGUAACAGCUUGGAGAUCGGGAAGACCUGGGUUCGAUUCUCCCCUGGGCAUUUCUGUGUGGAGUUUGCAUGUUCUCCCCGUGUGUGCGUGGGUUUUCUCCGGGUACUCCGGCUUCCUCCCAUAUUCCAAAAACAUGCAUGUUAGGUUAAUUGGCGACUCUAAAUUGUCCAUAGGUAUGAAUGUGAGUGUGAAUGGUUGUUUGUCUAUAUGUGCCCUGCGAUUGGCUGGCGACCAGUCCAGGGUGUACCCCGCCUGUCGCCCGAAGUCAGCUGGGAUAGGCUCCAGCAUGCCCCCGCGACCCUAAUGAGGAAGAAGCGGUAUAGAAAAUGGAUGGAUGGAUAUUAAAUAAUAUCAUCCGACGUCUUUUAAUUACACGACAUAAACACGAUGUGUAAAAUGUUUGUGUCUGUGUAUGCACUUUGAAUUUCUGUCUCUUUUGGACCAAUUUGCCUACGGCAUGUUGUGUCUUCCUCUGUGAUUGGGCAGAACUUUGUGAAAGGUCCCGAAACACGCAAAUUCAUGCAAAUCAUUUAGGGUCACUGAAGUGAAGAGGAUUGGAGGACUUGAGUUAUCAACUAAAUAAGGAUCUUCUGUUGGAAGACUUUCGGGGAAAAUCAACAAGCAAGAAAAGCGAAGUACCAAAACAACUGCAACAUGGAGUACGCAUUUCGAGCCGUAACUCACACCCCUGGGAUUAUAAUCUGGAGAAUUGAGAAAAUGGAGCUCGUUCAAGUCCCUGAAAAAUCUUAUGGACACUUUUAUGAGGGUGACUGCUAUGUGCUUCUCUAUACCCAGAAAAUGAAGAGCUCUCUCUGCUAUGACAUCCACUUCUGGAUCGGCUCACAGUCGUCUCAGGAUGAACAAGGUGCAGCAGCAGUUUACACUACACAGCUGGAUGACUUUUUGGGCUCCACACCGAUCCAACACAGGGAGGUUCAGGGCCAUGAGUCAGAUGGUUUCAAGGGCUAUUUCAAGCAGGGAAUAAUUUACAAGAAGGGUGGAGUUGCAUCAGGCAUGAGGCACACUGAAAGCAACACGUACGACGUCAAGAGGCUGCUUCAUGUCAAGGGCAAGAAACGAGUGAUUGCCAAGGAGGUGGAGCUGAGCUGGAAGAGCUUCAACCUUGGCGAUGUGUUUUUGUUGGACACGGGCAAAACCAUCAUCCAGUGGAAUGGACCCAAGAGUUACAAACAGGAAAGACUUCAAGGGAUGCUGUUGGCCAAAGACAUCCGAGACCGAGAGAGAGGAGGUCGGGCGGCAAUCAAAGUGAUUGAGGGCGACGCAGAGGAUGACUCUCCUGACAUUAUGGACAUGCUGACUGGUGUUCUUGGAGAGAGAAGCUCCGCUUUGACAGACGGACCUCCUGAAGAAAGCCUUGACCAUGAGCAGAGGGAAAAUGUCACUCUUUACCAUGUCACUGAUGCUGAAGGUUGUAUUAGAAUCACAGAGGUUGCAACGAGACCACUGGUUCAGGAUCUCCUCAGACAUGACGACUGCUACAUCCUGGACCAUGGUGGGACAAAGGUGUUUGUAUGGAAGGGGAGGAAAGCUACCAAAAAUGAAAGACAGACGGCCAUAAGCAGAGCUAUGGAAUUUAUCAAGGUCAAAAACUAUCCCAUCACGACAAAUGUGGAGGUAAUGAAUGACGGAGCAGAGUCGGCUCUCUUUAAGCAGCUGUUCCAGACAUGGUCUGUGAAGGACCAGACUCAAGGUCUUGGUAAGGUGCACACAAAGGGAAAAGUUGCUACCAUCACACUGGAGAAAUUUGAUGUCAGUGUGAUGCAGAUUGCUGCCCAGGAGCGGAUGGUGGACGACGGAUCAGGACAAGUGGAGGUGUGGAGAAUUGGGAAUUUGGAGCUGGAACCUUUGCAGCCUCAAUCUUACGGCUACUUCUAUGGAGGAGACUGCUACUUGAUCCUCUACACUUACCUAAUGAACAACAAGAAGAGUUACCUGCUCUACAUAUGGCAGGGGCGACAUGCCACACAGAAUGUGUUGGGAGCCUCUGCCCUUCAGGCCAUAGAUAUGGAUGAGAGGUACGGUGGGGCGCCCGUUGAAGUGAGAGUGACCAUGGGGAAAGAACCAAAGCAUUUUUUGGCCAUUUUCAAAGGCAAAAUGGUCAUCUUUGAGGGGACUACACCUGGAAAUGAGUCUUUUGAGCCAGAGCCACCAGUAAGGCUGUUCCAGGUCCAUGGUUGUGAGCCGUCCAAUACAAAAGCCAUAGAGGUUUCAGCACUGGCCUCUUCUCUCAACUCCAAUGAUGUGUUCCUGCUCAAGAGUCAGUCUGGACUUUAUAUGUGGUGUGGAAAGGGAGCCAGUGGAGAUGAGAGGGCCAUGGCAAAGGAGUUCAGCUCUGUGAUUGGACAGAAGACACAGAGCAUCCAUGCACAGAUUGUUAUAGAGGGCCAAGAGGCCGAUGAAUUCUGGGAGAUACUCGGAGGCAGAGCUCCUUAUGCUUGUGACAAGAGACUGAAGCAGGCCGUUUUGGACCAUCAGCCACGCCUGUUUGAAUGCUCCGAGAAGUCCGGACGCUUCAUUGUGACCGAAGUGACCCAGUUCACGCAGGAUGACCUCAGUGAGGAUGAUGUCAUGUUACUAGACACAUGGGACCAGGUGUUUCUUUGGAUCGGUAAAGAGUCCAACAGGGUAGAACGCAAAGACGCAGUGCUUACCACUAAGGAGUACCUGCGCACACACCCUGGGGGCAGAGAUCCAGACACCCCUGUCUUUUUGAUCAAGCAAGGAUUUGAACCACUCACCUUCACUGGGUGGUUCACUGCUUGGGAUUCUUCUAAAUGGAGUGAGGGGAAGAGUUAUGAGCAGCUGAAAAAGGAGCUUGGAAAUGUCAACUCUCCCAUUAAUGCUGCAAAUGUUUACAGCUGUGGGGAAAAUGAUAAAAGCCUUCGGUGUUUUCCUGCUGAGGUUUUGGUCAACAAGCUUGUCAAUGAGCUACCUGGUGAUGUUGACCCGGCCCAGAGAGAGAGAUACCUCACUGAAACAGACUUCUGCAACAUCUUUGGGAUCACCAAAGACCAAUUUGCAAGCCUGCCCCGUUGGAGACAGCUGAACUUGAAAAAACAAAAAGGGCUCUUCUGAUAUGUUUGUGGGGAAACAAGUAGCGGUCGACUACUAGGCAGUUAAUUUCCCAUCAGACACAUACCAGCACACUGGGACAUGUAAAAUGUAUGAAUUAGUUCUUUAUAAAGACCCUGAUAAUGUGAACUUAUUGAUCAGUUAAGCGCUCAAGGUGAUGAAAUAAUGAUUAAAGAAUUUCUUAUGUAGCUCGGCAGUUUAUUUGACCCUAAUGAACUGCAUUACACUAUUAAGUACUAAUAGCAGUUUAAUGUCCAAACCUGUCAGUGAAUGUUUCCCUAUGCUAAUUUGCC